UUUUCUCCUCUCUCUCUCUCCCCCAAACACUGCAAAUUUUCCUUUCACUUUCAAAACAGAUCACUCAUUCUUCUUCUUCUUCUUCUUUUUUACUUCUUCUUUCUGGUCUUGUAGAGACUUGAAAACAAAAAUCUGAUUUUGUUCAAUUUGUAAAAAGAGGGAAGAGUUCAAAUUAUGGACACUAUGUUUUAACCAAAAUUGUAUUUUUCAAGGGCUAUUCGUAAUCUUAGGGCUGAUAAGCAGAUCCGCUUUUAUCUCUUUGUUUUGUAAGAAGUAAGAACCAAUUAUAAACAUUUUACAUUGUUCUAAAGAAGGUACUUUUUUCCAAGUAAAAACCUCUGUUUUCAGAAUUUCAUUUAACUUCCCCAAAAUAUUUUUUGGCUAGGGUUAUUUGUAUCUUUUUAUCAUACAUUUACUUCAAUUUUAUGUCUCUAUCAAAUUUAGACAAUUACAUAUUACAGAAAGGUAUUUUUUUUCAUUGUUGGAUUGGUUUAGUUUAUAUGCAUUUUGUUUUAAUUGUUUUUGGGUCCCGAAAUUUGGUUCAUAUAAUUCACAUAUUGAUCCGUUUCUCGGUUCGUUUGAGUUAUUUUCUUCGAUUUGGGGAUCUGGGUUCUUGUUGAUUGUACUUUAAGCUUUUUGGGAUCUCUCGAAUUAGCAAUCUCUUUGGGAUAUCCUUUUGAUUUGGGAUCUGGGUCUUUCUGAUUCACUGGAAAGCUGCAUUCCUUUUAUGUAAUUCAAAAUAAAAAAUUCCAAACAUUCUUUUUUAUCCUAACAAUUCCAACAUUCAAGAGAGAAAGUUAGGACUUUUUUUUUUUUGAGGAUCAUUGAAUCCUACAACAAGGAAGGGAACUACAUUGAAUGAGGUAGUUUCCUGAUUGGAAAACAAACUGAGGCUAUAAAUUAUGGGUUGCAUUUGCUCGAAAGGUUCUCGAGCAAAUGAAUAUGUUGAAAAUAACCAUGGAAAAAGAGACAAGGCCCACAAGAACUCGAGAAAAACAGCAAAAAAGUUAUCUGUUUCCUUUAAAAGGGACAAUGUGGUGGUUGAGGCGGAUGCCACUGCACGGUUGAUCUCGAAUCAGCAGCCAAACCACGGUGCCGUUUCAGGGCCUUCGUCCUCUUCUGAUGAUGAAGAAAAGAAGGCAGCGUUGGCGGUUUUUGAGAGGUCUAAAGGGACCCCAUCCGAGCUGCAAAGGCGUCCAACAACAGAGGCGGAUGGGAGGGGUGGACAAGGGCGGCAGAGGAUGUCCAGGAUCAUAAAUGCAACUGGUGGCGAAAGAGGUGCACAGGUGGUCGCUGGUUGGCCUUCUUGGCUAGCAGCAGUAGCUGGGGAAGCCAUCAAUGGUUGGAUACCUCGAAAGGCAGAGUCAUUCGAGAAGUUGGAGAAGAUUGGCCAAGGAACCUACAGCAGUGUGUACAAAGCUCGUGACCUUGAAUCAAAUAAGAUAGUUGCCUUGAAGAAAGUUCGAUUUGUUAAUAUGGACCCUGAAAGUGUUUGUUUCAUGGCAAGAGAAAUUAUUAUUCUACGUCGGCUUGAUCACCCUAAUGUCAUGAAGCUUGAAGGUCUAAUUACUUCUAGGGCGUCUGGAAGCUUAUACCUUAUAUUUGAAUACAUGGAACAUGAUCUUGCAGGGCUAUUAGCAACACCUGAGGUUAAGUUCACUGAAGCUCAGAUAAAGUGUUAUAUGCAACAGCUGCUUCGCGGACUUGACCAUUGCCAUAGUCGUGGUGUUUUACACCGUGAUAUCAAGGGCUCAAAUCUCUUGAUAGACUGUAAUGGAAACCUCAAGAUUGGUGAUUUUGGACUGGCAACCUUUUUCCAUCCCAAUCAGAAGCAGCCUCUAACAAGUCGUGUCGUAACCUUAUGGUACCGCCCUCCUGAGCUUUUGCUUGGUUCUACAAACUAUGGAGUUGCUGUCGAUCUGUGGAGUUCUGGUUGCAUACUUGCAGAAUUAUUUGCUGGGAAGCCUAUCAUGCCUGGAAGAACUGAGGUCGAACAACUGCACAAAAUCUUCAAACUCUGUGGAUCACCUUCUGAAGAUUAUUGGAAAAGAUCAAAAUUGCCACAUGCAACCAUUUUCAAGCCUCAACAUCCUUAUAAAAGCUGUGUUCUCGAGACAUUCAAGGACUUUCCUACAUCUGCUUUGGUCCUUUUGGAGGUUCUUCUUGCAAUAGAACCCGAGUGUCGUGGAACUGCUUCUUCAGCACUUCAGAGUGAGUUCUUUACAACACUUCCUCUUCCUUGCAAUCCAUCUAGCUUGCCCAAGUAUCCACCUAGUAAGGAGUUUGAUGCCAAGCUUCGAGAAGAGGAAUCUAGAAGGCAGAGAGCUGGUGGGAAAGUACAUGCAGUUGAUCCUGUUAGAAAGUUUUCCAGAGAAUCUAUAGCUAUUCCUGCCCCUGAUUUCAAUGCUGAGUUACAGGCAUCCAUACAGAAAUGGCGAGGACAGUUUGAUGCUAAAAGUAUCAGUGAAGUAUGGUACCCUGAAGAAGACAGAGGUGCUGGCUUCCCUAUUGAGCCUUCAAAAGGAACAGAAAGAGUUGUAUACAACUCUCAUUCUGGCCAGUUAAUGCACCCUGGUAAGUUUGAAUCUUCACGGAAUAAGAAGACGACUGAGAUUGAGUCUAUGAAGGCUUCUGCUCGAGCAUUUGGUUUUCCAAGGAAGCCUGAAGAGUUGAAAACUCAGACAUGUGUUCAUCGUGGAGCUGUGGAAUUGUCCCGAUUUUCUAAUUCAAUUGCAGUUAGAGGCAGUUCACGGUUUGACAUGACCAAAGAGAAUAAUAUAAAUCCUCACUGGCCCGAGGAGCGUUUUAAUUCCGGAUAUAACCAUCUGGAUAAUGCUGAGUCCUCUGAAAAGCAUGAUUUGUCCCAUGGUUUACUCGAUAGACCAAAGGCUUCAAAUGUGAAGGAUGAACAACCAUCUUCCAAGGAAUCAGCUGUGGGUUAUGUUUCCAUGAAUAAUCGAGUCCACUAUUCUGGACCAUUGAUGCCUCGCGGAGGAAACCUUGAGGAAAUGCUUAAAGAGCAUGAGAGACGGAUUCAGAAUGCUGUUCGCAGAGCUCGUUCGAACAAGACAAAGGCAAAAAUUAACUUUGAUGACAAUGGACAGACUGAAUCACUACUAUAACAGGAGAAGUGACAGUGAGAAACUGGAAAAAUGCUUAUACCUGUUCCAUGCCGAUCUGGAAACUCAGCAGAGUGGUCAUAAUUUAAUUAUUAGGAAGAAAUAUUUUUGUUUUGGAGAUUUGACGCGUCUUGCUGCCAGAUGAUGUUCAAUAAUCAUGGAAAUCUUGCGGCAAGGGCAAAUUUUUUCCGGCCAAAGUUCACUCCGGAAGUUCUAUAAAUGUUGAGUGGUAUUUGGUGAUUAUCUUUGAAAUUCGGCCAUUUUGUUGUUAUCUUAGGUACAGGUUUGUGUCAUUGUUCAACUUUCUGAACUAUGCUUUGUACAGAUAAAAUAGGCUUCUUACAAAAUUUAUAAUCAAGUUCACUGCUUUUUUA